GGCAGGAAGAAAGGUAGAUGGCUGGGACCUUGGGCCCACUGAAGCGUGUCACCUGCUCUGCUGGGCCCAGGGCUGAGAGCUGGCCCUGCAGAGAUUGCUCCUUGCUCUGUGCAUUACCUUGGUUCUCAGCCAUCUAGUGGAGCAUCCCUCCUUGAGAGUCUGCUCAGCGUUUGAGUAGGAUUGUGGACAGCCUUCUGCUGGUGUGUUGCUCAGCUACCAGGGCUGGGUAGCCACCAUGGCUGAUGAGAAGACCUUCCGAAUCGGCUUCAUUGUGCUGGGCCUUUUCCUGCUAUCCCUGGGCACAUUCCUUAUGAGCCACGAUCGACCCCAGGUCUACGGCACCUUCUAUGCCAUGGGCAGCAUCAUGGUGAUCGGGGGUGUCAUCUGGAGCAUGUGCCAGUGCUAUCCAAAGAUCACCUUUGUGCCGGCCGACUCUGACUUCCAGAGCAUCUUGUCCCCGAAGGCCCUGAGUCUGCUGGAGACUGGGCUUUCAGAGGUAAAGAGCCCCCAAACCCCCUAUGUCAGGCUGUGGGAAGAAGCUGCCUAUGACCAGAGCCUUCCAGACUUCACUCACAUCCAAAUGAAGGUCAUGGGCUACAGUGAGGACCCCAGGCCACUACUGGCCCCCGAGCUGAAGACAGGAGCCAGCAGCGUCAGGGAAGGCGAGCCUCGUACUGCUCAGGCCUGGACGGAGGCUCCGGUGGUCGUCCAUAGAGGCUUGGAUGAGAAUGAAGGAGAGAAAUCCCAUUCUCAGAGCAGCCCUCCAGCAUGUCCCCAAGGCUCUGCACCCCUGGCCUCAUUCCAUGAUGACCUGGAUGGGGGCUCCAGCGAAGGCAGCAACUCUCAUCCAUCCCCACUUGACAGGGAUGAGCCACACCUGCAGGCUCCCUGGGCCAGCAGGGGUCCACUGGAUCGCUUCAGUGACUUUGCUCUGAUUGAUGACACCCCUACAUCAGAGGACAUGGUCCUGGAGGGGCAGGCGCGGGACACAGCUCUACCCAACAAGCAGCGAUGGUCCCUGCGGGUGAAGGAGGAGACUGUCCAAGCAGGGGCAGGAGAACCAGAGCAGGAGGAGGAAGAUCUGUACUACGGGCUGCCAGACAGCCCUGGGGACCCCCUCCCUGACAAACAGUUGGGCUUCGAGCCUGAUGCCCAGGGCUGAGAUGAACCUGCUUCCCAGGUCUGGCCUGACAGCACUGCUGUCUUCAUGUGACCCCUCAAGGGCUCAGUUUUCCAAGUCCCCAAGCAGGAUUGUAUGGAGGGAGGGUCAAGUGAGACAGUGAACUGAAGCAUCUUGGGAACUGAAAAGAACACACAUGGCGGGCAGCAAUCCUUCCUGCAACGAGCCGCAUGCUUCUGGUUGUAGCUUGUUCUGCUGACUGCAGGUAGAGUGGGGUUUUGUGAGGGCCUGUGUUACAGCCAGACCCUCAGAAGCCCUUUCCAUCUCCUAGUGCUGGCUUCUGAUUAGGCCUCCUGUGGUGCUACCCAGGGCCCCUGAGACCUCAGUGUCCGCUGUGUUUUGGUCCCCUGAUGGGUGUUUGACUCACCCCUCUCAGAGCUGAUGCUCUCUCCUGGCUCUCAGCGUCUUCAGCGAUUCCCCUGCUCUGGGAUCUAUGACUGUGGCUGACCUCUGCUGACCUGACUUGACCUCUGGAUAUCUUUCUGGUUCCUCCUGUUCAUGCAGUUGCCCCUAGCCCAUGCCUUUGCUUGAGCUGUGUUCUUCCAUAGCCUCUUGUGCUGAGUGAAUUCAUACCUGUUCCAAAGGGACCUUUCUCCUGCUAGUUUUCCUGGCAUCCCAACCCCUAGAUGAGAAUUUCCGUCUGGGGCUUGCUCAUCCAUUUCUGUGGCUGUUCCUUGCCACUGCCCUGGGACAGCAUCUUGGACUCAUUCACCAUAGUUCUCAGGAGACCCUUGGCAUGUGCAGUUCUCAGUAGAUCUGGGAACCUUUGCAGAUAGUGUCACCCUCCCCCAUUUUGACAAACAGGGAUUCUUAGUCUCUGACACCCACUUUUCAAAAUGGCUUCUAAACAGCCAUAAAAACCAGGCAAAAAGCUACCAGAAGAACCUAUCAGCAGCUCACAGAGCACACUUGCAUUGGCUUAGAAUGGACAAAAUCCAGCUGCUGAACUAGUUCCACUUGAUGCCCUCGGCAUUUUGUGAACAUCUACUUCGUGGCAGGCACUCAGCUUGGAAAACGGUCAUUGGUCCCUGAGCCCCCUCCCCCAAAGGGCUCACAAUCCCAUCAGCUUGCUGUCUUGUAAGAUGGGGACAAAGCAUGGAGCAGAAGCUGCGGUGGGAGCAGAGUCACACCCUUGUCCCACAUCUGCAGAUCUUGCAGAGCCCUGUUGUUCUCAGCCCAGCAUGGAGGGAACCAUACAGAGGAGGGUGUUGCUGCCUUCUCCAGCCAGGUCCACACAACUUAGAUCUGUUCUGAGAUGUCUAAGAGCAGGGCACUGGGAGAUGGUUAGGGGUCUCAGAUGAGGGAAGGAGAUCCUGCUGGUGCUCCACCACAGCCCUCCCGCUUCUGGAGGCAUUUCUACCUCUUCAGUGAAGAUGCCUCUACCAGGCACCUCCUCUCUGCUGAUAGGUCACAGAGCAGGUGUCCCUGCUUGUGUCCCAGCCAGGGGUGAGGUGGCAUGUGGCUUCUGCUGGGUACUGCUGGCCCAGGCAGGGAUGACUGUGACCCACAUCAGACAGAGCAGAACCAGCACCAAGAGCUGAAAUAAAAACGUUUUUUAAC